AUGUCACCGCUUAGCGCGGCGGAUAUCUACGAACACCCAGAGUUCGAUGGGGUCAUUUGGAAGGUCAAACCCGCGCUGGAAGGAAAAGCUACUGUAGCAGCAGGUAGACGAGGUGGACCUUUGCAGUUGGCAUACGAAAUACAUGGAGAAGGUCCGACAAGACUCGUGUGGAUCAUUGGAUUAGGAGGCUGGAUGUCAGCAUGGCAACGCCAAAUCAAAGACUUUGGUCACAGUCAAAACACAAACCGUGGCCAGAGCUCCAAAUACACCAAUCUGAUAUUCGAUCCUCGUGGCAUGGGCAAGUCGGAUAAACCGCUGACAAGAUACUCGACAUCAGAAAUGGCCAAAGACACCCUUGAGCUGAUCGACCACGUGGGUUGGACAAGGACGAGACAGCUCCAUGUGAUAGGCAGUUCCAUGGGUGGAAUGAUUGCUCAAGAACUAGCGUGUAUAGUGCCUGAGAGAAUAGCUUCUCUAACCCUAUUGGCGUCGGCACCUCGGAUCUUCAACACAAUUGGCUGGGUUCAGAAUCUAAGGGACAGAAUCAACCUUCUGUAUGUACAAUGUCGGAGAUUGAAUUUUGGUACUGAUGGUGUGACAAGAAUUCCAAAGGAGAUCGACACCCAAGUAGAAGAUACUAAGCAGCGCUUGUUCAGUUCGGAAUGGCUGAAUGAGCCAGACUCGGAGGGACAUUUCCCAACCAAUGGUGAUAGGUUUAAGGCAUAUGAGCUGAAGAAGCGCCAGGACCCCGAAGGCUAUACACGUAAAGGCUUCUUAAUGCAAGCUCUGGCAGCAGGCUGGCAUAAUGUGUCGCCGAGACAGCUGCGAAAUUUGAGCGAGCAGGUUGGGGGUGAAAGAAUCCAGGUGAUUCAUGGAACGGCGGAUAGAAUGCUGCCUUUUCCGCUCGGAGAGACCUUGGCGAAGGAGCUGGGCCAAGUGACUUUCAUAGUUGUAGAUGGAAGGUCGCAUGCGCUGCAGUGGGAGUGGCGAAGGGGAUUGACCAAGGCUGUUGCGGCUCUGGUUGAAAAGGCAGAGAUCAUGACCACGGGCUGA